CAUGCAAACAAAACACAGCGAGCGUUUCUUUGCUUUGUGCUCUACUGAUACAGAUGCUCGUGAACGCACGUGCGUUAAAAGUUUGUUUAGAACCCAGAGCGAUGGAAACGUGCGCGCUAUGCUUCUGCUGAGACACGCAGAAGAACUGCGCGGUCACGUACAACAACGCCCCGAGGCUCCUCCCACUUCGCGCGCUCUGAGCGUGGAUAGGCGUGAUCGUGGCGUGAAGCGCACUGGAGUUUGUGUCCACGCACGCACACAGACGCGCUCAGAUUGUGUGUCUUGUGAGCUGUCACUAAGCUGAGAGACCCGAGAGGAGAGCUGGCGGAGCCGUAACAGAGACUAAAUCAAAGCACUUCUGCUGAGAAAAUGGGUGAGGAGGGGCCGCCCAGUCUGGAGUACAUUCAGGCCCGGGACCUGUUCCCCCAGAAAGAGCUGCUCAAAGAAGACGACGCUCUGCAGAUCCCGUUCCCUGUCCUGCAGGGCGAGUGGGUCGAGUUCCUGGGCCGUGCGGACGAUGCCAUCAUCGCCAUCUCCAACUACAGACUUCACAUCAAAUUCAAAGACUCCGUCAUCAAUAUGUAUCCUGGUGUGGACAGUGAGAUUUCUGUUCCUCUGAGGCUGAUUGAGAGCGUUGAGAGCAGAGAUAUGUUCCAGCUACACAUCAUCUGCAAAGACUCCAAAGUAGUGAGGUGUCAUUUCUCGACGUUCAAGCAGUGUGAGGAGUGGCUGAAGCGCUUGAACAGAGCCGUAGCGCAUCCGGCCCGUCUGGAGGAGCUGUUCGCGCUGGCGUUUCACGCCUGGUGUUUAGGAGGAAACACAGACGAUGAAGACCAGCACCUGCACCUCUGCAGACCAGGUGAUCACGUGCGGCACAGGAUGGAGGUGGAGGUGAAGCGGAUGGGAUUCGACAUGCAGAACGCCUGGAGAGUGUCUGAUAUCAACAACAACUACAAGUUGUGUUCGAGUUACCCACAGAAACUGCUGGUGCCCGUCUGGAUCACAGACAAGGAGCUGGAGAGCGUGGCCUCCUUCAGGUCCUGGAAGAGGAUUCCUGUGGUGGUGUACAGGCACCAGCGUAACGGGGCGGUCAUCGCCCGCUGCAGUCAGCCGGAGAUCAGCUGGUGGGGCUGGAGGAACACUGAGGACGAGUAUCUGGUGACGUCUAUAGCGAAGGCCAGUCAGCUGGACGCCGGGCCGAGGGCCUGCAGGACCAGAGGAGACGGACCAGACUCGUACGACAGUGACUUCGACUCGUCUCUGACAGGUUGUCCCGCUCCUGAUGCCAGCAGUGCAGCACAGAAGUUACUGAUUCUGGAUGCGCGUUCUUACACCGCCGCCGUGGCCAAUCGUGCCAAAGGAGGAGGCUGCGAGUGUGAAGAGUACUAUCCCAACUGUGAGGUGAUGUUUAUGGGCAUGGCCAAUAUCCACUCCAUCAGAAACAGCUUUCAGUCACUCAGAGCCGUUUGCAGUCAGAUCCCGGAUCCCGGCAACUGGCUCUCGGCUCUGGAAAGCACCCGUUGGCUGCAGCACCUGUCCGUUAUGCUGAAGGCCGCGUCUCUGGUGUGCUCCGCGGUGGAGCGUGAAGGAAGGCCGGUGCUGGUGCACUGCUCAGACGGCUGGGACCGGACGCCGCAGAUCGUGGCCCUCGCAAAGAUCCUUCUGGACCCCUUCUACAGGACCAUAGAGGGUUUUCAGGUGCUGGUGGAGACCGAGUGGCUGGAUUACUGGUCAUAAUUUGCGGACCGCUGCGGUCAGCAGGAGAGCGGUGAGGAUGUGAGUGAACAGUGUCCCGUGUUCCUGCAGUGGCUGGACUGUGUUCAUCAGCUCCUCAAGCAGUUCCCCUGCCUCUUCGAGUUCAACGAGGCCUUUCUGGUGCGAAGCCUUUGCUUUCAUUUAUAUGUUGCGGAUUUGAGUUGUUGCCGUGGUGAUGUCCGCAGUUCUGCAGCCGGUCUGUCACACGCGAGCUCUGCAGCUGUGGACGCCGUGUAUCUGCCGACUCCUCGGCCGGCACCGCGGGCUGAAGAUGCCAUGGCAGAUCUACCUGAGCCCUUCGGCCGGAGGAGAGGAUUUUCCAAUUCCCUCAGGCUCCCCAAAACACGCUCGAUGGACAACUUGGUGUCUGCUUGUGAGAACGGCGUGGCGCUCACCCGCACCUCGAGUGACCCCAACCUGAACAAGCACUGCCAGGAGGGCCGUCCGGCGCUGGAGUCCAACCAACCCACGGCCAUCCAGAGCGCGUGUGAGGAAACCAGCUCUUCAGUAUCUCGUGAGGACGAUUUAAGGGUGGAGCCUUGUUUGACAACCCAACCCCUUCCAUCUCUGCCCCACCCCUUAGCGAUAGACCAAGCCACGCCCCUUCCAGUCACAAACCAAGCUCCGCCUCAAAUCCCAAUUAGCUCACCACAGGAAAUCAGGACUGCAGAAAACACAAAUCCACCUCCUCUUUGUAACGGAGACGUAGAAAACGCUAGCGGAUCUGUGAACUCUGAAGCCAUUGUGCCAAUGGAGGCCUCAGUGGAGACGCUAACGGAGCAAAGCGCUAUCCCUCCUUCUAGGAAAGCCAUUGAUGUGGCGUUCGAAAUGCCGAUACAAAACGGCGAACUGGUUCCCGCUAGAGAACGACCGCCACCUGCCGACUACGCCAAAGCAGCGCGGCGUUUGAUUUCCCAAAGCCAGCUGACGGAGCUAUCGCUGCUCGGUUCCCAAUGGGACAGCGUCCAAGGCCUGGUGCAGUCGGCCUGCGGCGGCGCCAUCCAACACGGCAGCUAUCACAGCCGCCGCCUGGCGAACAAGCUCCUCCGCGCCCACACCGGAAGCGCUAACGGCGGGCCGUGUUGUCGUCGAGACCCUCUGCGCGCUCCUGGGAGCCCCAUCCAGUCCGGCUGGUUCUCUGCGGUGAAGAACUCCAGCUACGCCGCGAUUUGUUCCUCGGCGGCGUCAUCGCUAGCAAUGGGGCCUUCCUUCCGGCAGCUGCUCCCGUCCCAUUCCUCGCCGUCCUCCAGCGGCUCUCCGGUGUACCUGGACGACGACGGCCUGCCGGUGGCGGUGGACGCGGUGCAGCAGCGGCUGCGGCAGAUCGAGGCCAGUUACAAACAGGAAGUGGAGGUGCUGAGGCGGCAGGUUCGACAGCUGCAGCUCAAACUGGAGAGCAAGCAGUUCUGCACACCGCCCUCCGAACCCGACGUCGACUACGAGGACGAUAUCACGUGUCUGCGCGAGUCGGACGGCAGUGACGAGGAAGACUCUCUGUCCAGUCAACAACGACAACUGCUACAGCGAGGACAGCAAGGAAACAUAUGUAAAUCAAGUACACAGGUCACCAGAUGGGUGCCGGAUCACAUGGCCUCUCACUGCUUCAACUGCGACUGUGAGUUCUGGAUCGCCAAGAGACGCCAUCACUGCAGGAACUGUGGGAACGUGUUUUGUAAGGACUGCUGUCACCUGAAGCUGCCGAUCCCUGACCAGCAGCUGUACGACCCGGUUCUGGUGUGCAACACCUGCCACGACCUGCUGCUGGAGUCCCGCACGCGAGAGCUGCGCUCGCAACAGCUGGAGAAAGCCAUCGCCACCGCCUCCAGCUGAGACGGCCGAUCACAGCGCGCCACACACGCCGGCGUCCAAUCAGACGGCUGUCUUUUAGAGCAAGAGCCGCUCUCUCCUCUGGAGUCCGGAUCGGUUCUGAGACUGACCCACACGAGGAACGCGACGGGGUCAACUCCAAAACACGAGUGCGGUUUGCGACGGAGGGGCGAUUUUAUCACUGCAAGUGAACUCCAAGCUUCUCUGGAUGAGGACAGAAACCGGACCCAAAGGAAGCCCGAAGAGAGGCGUUUCUUCACCACACGGCCCGUAUGCAUCACACACAAAACCCAGAGGCCCUCUAUUUAAAACCAACCAAGCUGCUACAGUAUUUAAAAAUGAGAAAUUCUACUUUUGUAUCCUUGUUACUUUGUGCACUACGGAGGGGGUUUGAGACCAAAACGGAGAGAUCUGCAGCUGUUCAUCUGCUGAUAUAUGAAGCAUGAAUGUACGGCUGUUUGGUUUGUUUUGGUUUUUCAGAAGCUGGAGGGAUUGCCGCGUGCAGUCGCUGAGUUUAAGCUGCCAGUUUGCAUUGAUUUGACGUUAGUUUUGUGCAGUUUUUGUUUUUCAGCCGCUCCCGUCAAAACUGCGCUUUCGGCUGAACUCUGACAUGGUUUCACUGUCGACUUUAAACGCCAAACACAAAUUCCAGCGUAUCAGAAAUAUAUAAACAGAAUCACUCCUGAAUUAAUGCUUCAUCUGGCUGGGUGUGUGUUUUGUAGCAGGAAAAGCAAGAAAAAACCGAGCAAGCUGAACAUUUAUGCUGUAUGUUGUUGUGUGUGUUACGGUAAAACUAUAGUCAUGUUGCACUGCUCCGUCUACUUUAGCCAGAAUACUAGUGUGCUAGUUUCUUUUCUAUGACUUCAUCUGAACAAACCAACGGUGAUAAUUAAAAUGUCAAGCUGAAACGGGUGAAUCGGUGGAAACUGGUGGCGAUUUGAAGGACUUUUAUAUUGGAGCACCGUUUCGCUAAUGUCCAUCACAUGUUCAAAACAAGUGCUAAGAUUUCUUUUUCACGUCGUCUGCGUCUUCAGGCCCUUCGUUGAUUGUGUGUUGUAGUGUUGGUGAACCUCUCUCUCAACAGUGCCAUGUGUUUGAUUUAUUUUUUUAACAUGUUGGAUGGUACACUACUUAGAGGCUUAACAAUCAGAGGAUGAUUAGUUGAGAAUCGAUGAGGUUAAAAACACUGAGAACCGGUUUGAUUUUGUCUGAUGGUUUCAUUUUUCUUCUCUGUGGUGUUGAUGAAGGACACAUUUUGAGUUAAAUGCAUUGAAAAGGAACCCAGAAAUGUGAUGUAUAGUUAUUUGGUCUGUAAUAGUGGCUAAAAUGUGUCACUUAGUGAAUAAUUGUUGUAAAGAAAUGCACUGUACAAGUUCAAUCCCAUGGGUUAAAUAAAAAGAUACGUCUUUAUCAAC